AUGAAGCUCUCGACUAUCUCCACCGGCCUUUUCGCAUCCCUACUAGCCUUGUUGCAAACUCCUACCGCAUUUGGUCAAAUCAUAGACUACUCUCUCGCGGCACCCACUUGUGCCAUCACUGCUGACGACAAUGUGCAGUGCGACUUUGCCAGUAUCCUCCCUCUGACUGGAAACCUUGCUUUCUCCAUCACCGGCUAUGGCGACUGUACAGGAACCGCCACUCGUGACCUUGAGAUGAGUCUUUCAGCUGCCACGGCAACUGCCGUUGCUGGAGCCAGCACAGUUUCCGUGGACCUCAACACCGGCUUCACCAUAGCCGAUGGGGCGUCCGAAGCCUUUGAGUUUUGCCUGUUGACCAGCUUGAAGGAUGGAAGCGGUAAUGAAAUGUUCUACCAAGGUCAAAAGAUCAGCGCUACAUUCACGGCUGAUGGCGGAUUCACCGUUGCCGGUAUUACCUCCGAACAGUUUGAUGGAAUCAGCGGUACUAUUGCCACCGACACAAAGACCUUUGGCGUCACUGCUACCAGAUGUGACGGUCACGACACCCGCGUCCCCAUCAGCACUCCUGCAUUGGCCCUUGGAACCACCUUGUUCAUCUGUCUUGACACGGAUGACGACAGUGUUGUAAUUCAGUCUGUUGACACUUUCUUGGGCAGCAAGACCAAUGUGGCCUCGACCAACUUGCUUUCUGGUAACACGGAGGUGCUUGGAGCUAACUCUGCUGCAGCGACUGUUGGAACCCGUCCAUUCAGCACUUUCUUUGCCGAUACUGACACCAUUGACAUUGCUGGAACUGUCACUCUGGUCGUUACUAGCAACAAUUUGAGACGUCGUCAUUUGGCCCGUAUCUUGCAAACCGGGGCGGACGAGUUUGAUGUGCGUGUUGAAGUGGAGCCCAUUGAGGAAUCUUCUGCUCCUUCAUCAUUCAGCGUUGCCAGUUUUGCUUUCUUGGGUGCGGUCGCUGCCGUUGCCGCCAUUUAA